ACCAAACGGAAAGGUCAUUUGGCAGCUAAGACACACACAACUCAAAAAAAUAAAAAUGUGGCUGUUUGGCAGUCAGCAGCUGAGCCAAAUCCCGAUGACGCAACGUUUCCCUAUUACUUCACGCGCUCACUCACCUCCCGGCGACCCUAUCUCUCUCUCUUUUUUUAAUUUAUUUUAUUUCCUGCCUUUUAUUUCGCUUCAUUCGUCCGGCGCGUCCCCUUCGCCGCACCGACCCCGUCUCUUUUUCUCACCUUAUACCUUUCUAACCGCACUCUCACCAAUAAAAUUUAUCAAACCCUAACCCUAGCCAAUUCACGAUCACACCAUGGGAGACCUAACGGAGUCCGUAACGCCGUCAUCCGCUCCUCACUCGCGUCCGAUGCCGAUACGGGAGGAUUGCUGGAGCGAGGAAGCUACCGGUACUCUCGUCGACGCGUGGGGUCGUCGGUACAUGGAGCUUAACAGAGGUAAUCUCCGUCAGAAAGACUGGCAGGAAGUUGCUGACACCGUUAAUGCUAAGCACGGUCACACGAAGAAAACGCACCGUACUGAUGUUCAGUGUAAGAAUCGCAUCGAUACGAUUAAGAAAAAGUAUAAGAUCGAGAAAGCUAGGGUUUCGUCGUCUAACGGCGCGUUAACGUCUUCCUGGCCGUUUUAUGAUAACUUAGACGCGUUGAUCGGAUCUAAUUUCUCCGGGAAAAAACAACAAGCUUCUCCGUCGCUAUCUCCGUCUCCUCCGGUUGCGCUUCCGAUGAUCUCGUCGUAUAGGAGGACUCCGAUUCCGAAUUACACUCCUGUUUCGAUUCCGGUCACAACUCCGGCUCAGCUUUCGAUUACGUCCUCGGCGGUAACAGCAGCAACUUUGCCGCAGAAGAGGCAGCUGGACGACGGAUAUUUCAGGAGGCAUUACUCCGCAAUGGCAGCCGCUGCAGCGGCUGCAGAGCCGGAGUCGGAGAGCGAAGAGGAGGAGGAAGAGGAGGAACGAGAAAGCGAGGAGGACGUAGAAGGAGAGGGAAUAAAGAAGUUAGCAAAAGCGAUAGAGAGAUUUGGAGAGGUAUAUGAGAGAGUUGAAUGUCAAAAGCUUAGGCAAAUGGUAGAUUUGGAGAAGCAACGGAUGAAAUUUGCUAAAGAUUUGGAGAUGGAAAGGAUGAGGAUUUUUACUGAGACACAAAUUCAGCUUGAGAAGAUUAAGAAAGAAGAACCUGUGGAAGAGGAAACUGAUUUAAUUGGAAUCGAGAGAAACGGCAAAAAGCUUUCAGAUUCUUCGUCUAUAAGCUCUGCUGAGAUUGAUUUAUCAGAAGAUGCUGACCUCGAAAAAUUGUUUCCGAAUUUAAUGACAGCAUUUUCGACGAAGUUCAAAAAUGAUGAUGAGAAAAAUUCUGAGCCACCUAGUAGAAUAGAAGAAGAGUUGACAGGAGGGUUCUCGAAGCUUAGCGGCAAGCGAAGCCGCCGAAGCCGUCUUCGACAGGUCUGGAUUUAAGAAGUUAACGAUGACGGUUUUUAAAGUUAAGGAUGAUGGUUUACUGGCGUAAUUUCUCGGAACAAAGACAUGGUUAUACUUUACCUAAUUAGACAACUCAUCUUAGUACAGCUAUGCUCCUCUUUAAUUUUCCCUUCUUUUUUUUUGAGGAAUUUAAUUUUCCCUUUUAAGUGCCAUUAUUUGCCUUUCCAUUAUAGUCCCACCCUUGUUGUAAUGUUGUUGUCUUUGGUUCAGAUAGAUGGUAGUGUGUUGAAUUUUAGUCUAUCCUUAUGAAACUGUUAGAUUGGCAUUUAAACAAACAUUUAAUUUUUUAUGAUCAUUUUUAAAUGUUUA